UUUGAUCAUCAAUUCCAAGUUUUUUUUUUUGAUUUAAAGUGCUGCUCGUUUGGUUGUGGUUGUAGAACUUCCUGUGUAAAGCCAGUAUACGAACCAGGACCACAAUCAGGUGGCUGUUUCUAUAAUGGUAGAUAUUAUCCCCUCGGGGAAAGCAUUCCUUCUACCGAUGGGUGCAAUACAUGUUUUUGCACAGGCAAUGGGCAAGUUGGAUGCACAUUGAUCGGUUGCCCUGAUCUUUGCACCCUGCCCAAAGCACCCGGAGCCUGUAGGGGUUAUUUUCCGAGAUGGUGGUACAACAGCUUCACCAAUCAGUGUGAGGUUUUCAUCUAUGGAGGCUGUGAAGGAAACGACAACAGAUUUCAAACGAUACACGAAUGUCUCCAGCGCUGUGCUAAACGAAAAUAUUGAAAAAUUCGGGUCGCUGAGUAAGGAAAAUUCCUCAAAAUAUGUAAUCUUUAUUGAAGCAGAAUUAAUUGAUAUAUGAACUGGUGUUUAGAAAAAGAUUAAAUCAUUUGAACCUGA